GAAUUCGGGCUCCGGAAUUCAAACGGUUCUACACGCUUGUGCUAUCUCCGGCAAGGACUCGUGUAUAUAGAGGAAAUUACAGAUAAUCACAGCCAAACUACACGAAGUAUCCUUGUGCACUCGUCUUGGAUGUCUCGAGAAAAGAAGACUCCUCCUUUACGUUCCGUAUGUAUGUACAUCCGCGCUUGCCUGUAGGUUUGCGAUAAAUAAAUUGCGUGACUUUUAGGUGUGGCGUUAAUUGUUGAAACGACAAAACUCGUAAUCACGCAUCGAUAGAUAUUCGCAUUACGCACUCGUCGUUUCCAGAUCGAAUACCAGUCCGGAAAGUGCAACGGACCCCGGUGAUGUCAUAGCAAUUCCAUCAAAACGUCAUGUUUAAAUUCCGGUCGCACACACAGGAGCCACGGCGGAGCAGAUGAUUGAGAUUACUCACGGCGUAUGCGGGUGUACGUGCGCAUGUGCGUGUGUGCGAUUCUCGUCGACGACGUCGACGACUCUCCGACUCUCCACCAAGCGCCGAGAGGCACACCCUCUCUCGGAGCGUCGCGAAACGUUAGUAAGAGAAAUUGUUAUUCCUAUAAUCGACAUUCCUAUCCCAUAAUUUGUAAUUGUUGCACAAUGACGCGAAACGAAUCGUGAAGUAAUAUUUAUUUUGGAGAGAUAUAUGGUAUUUUUAUUUCCAUAUCAGAAGCUUAUCUUUAUUAUCGCAGGGAAGGCAGUGGUCAUUUAAUUUAUUGCGCAAUAGAUAAGAAUACAAUAAUUCACACGACACUUUGGGAUCUUACAAGCAUCUUUUUUACAUGUUUUAUCUUCUGUGAAUCAAUUCCUCUGUCUGUGUUUCAGAACGAAGUAUCUGUGAUAUCUUUAUCUCGAUAACAGCAGCUUAUCUUUAUCAAAACGCUUGAACGAGAGAUAAUAAUCAUUCUGCGAUCGUGCGAUGAAAGAAUAAGAUAAUGCAACAAGAUAACCUUGAGAUUUGAAAGUUUUACGUCAGACUUUUAUUCGAAUACUACAGAGAAUGUCGAUCAAUGCGCUGUUUUUAACUUUAACAAUAAUAGAUUCUUAUAAAUUCUUAGAAAUUGUUUGGCACGCCUUGACGUUUCAAGUAUUAUAAAAAAAAAAUUUAAUUUCAAGGUGGAAAAAAGUUAAAAGGCGCUCUGUCGACGUAUAUUGAGAAAGGUACAACGAAUGGAAUGCAAGGCGACGGUAACCAUAGAAAUUGAAAAGUGUGGUGCCCACGAUUCGCCGUUGCUCCGAGAAAUCAUCGAGCUCAUCGAGCUUUUCAAAAAAUUCGUUAUAUCCCGCACGAAGAGAACUCCCGAAGUAGAAUGCGCGUAUGCUAUCAACUUGCACGAUUGCCGGAUAAAAAUAGCGGAUACUUUGGCGGAACUUGAAGCUUUACAGGAGACGUCUGAUGAACAGAACUCGAGUUCCGAAAUCUUUCUGAGAGAUAUUGUUACCUGCAUAAACGACGAGGAAGAGAUAAUGCGAAGCAUUAAGAAAACGUCAGAAAUAGAGAUACCAAGAGAAAUAGAAGAAUCAACGCGAGAGAUGCUGAUUGUAAAGGAACGAGAGAAGAUGCGAAAGAAAAUAUUAUGGUCUGAAAUAGAUUUGGCAAAGCAUAAAUUGCACGACGUUAUAAAAAUUAAUGCAGCGACCGAAAAGAAGCUUUUUGAUCUGUGUGCAAAAGUUGAGCAAGAGUAUGUUGUUGUUCUUGCUAAAUAUGACUGCGACGUUGGUAUGCUCCAUGCGUUGACAGAAGAACUAUCAAAAGAUAACGAAGUUAUUAAAGCAGAAAUUAAAGAAAUGGAGGAUCAACUGACCUUGCAACGGGAGUUGUACAUUCAAUUUAAGAAGAAGCGAGAAAUUGCUCUGAUAAAAGCUUUCAAUGAAAAAUUGGAGUUCUUUAAGCAUAAUCGAGCAACUAGAGUUAUUCAAAAAGCAUGGAGAGCGUACUUUGAACGUAUUUCGUUAAAGAAACGACGAAAAACAAAGAGAAAAUAAUUUAUUGAAUUUCCAUUAGCUUCACUUUUAAAGAGAUAAUACUAGUAUUUGGCAAUAUAUAUGCAAUUUUUGCAUGACAAAGUGAAGAUGUAACAUCAAAAAUAAUUUUUUUAUGGAUAUGCUAAGAUAAUCUGUUACCUAUAAUGAGAAAGCUAGAUUAGAGGAAAAAACAAAUGA